AUGGCAAUGAAGUGUUCAAUGAUAUUGUUGGCAAGGAGUUUAAAGCACGUGGAUACUAUGAUGAUAAGUACUGGAGUCAAGUACAAGUUUCUCAAGGCAGGUGACAAUUAUGACCAUGAGUGUACUGAUGAUGACAUCUCUGAAAAUUAUGUUUCCAUACAUACUGAUGGCAUCCAUGAAGACUCAGAUGCUGAUGUGAACUCUCCAACAAAUGAAGUGCAGGCCAACCAGCAGCAACAAUCUGUCUAUGGAAGUCCUAAACAAACUGAAGUCCAUACAUCAACACCACAUGAGAAAACAACUUCAAAGAUGGCUUAG